AUUGAUCAGUCUUACUUAAAUCUUCGUUUUGCAAACUCAAUUUUAAUACUUUCUGCUUUUGAGUGUGGAGAGUCUGCAGAAAAAUAUGGAUAUUGAGGGGAAAAACGUUGUUUACAUUGGAGGUUGUGGUGGAAUUGGUUCUACGUUGUGUAAACUUUUUGCACAAAAGAAAGUUGCAAACCUCGCAAUGUUGGAUUUAGAGGAGAAUGUCAAUCUUGUGAACGAUAUCAAACUCAACAAUCCAAUGACGAUUGUGUUCUUUUUGGAAAUUGAUCUACGAUCUAAGGAAAACAUUUCUGAAUGUCUCAAUAAAGUCGUAUCUAGAAUUGGACAUAUUGACAUUUUGGUCAAUGGAAGUGGAUUAUUUAACGAAAUGGAUGCCGAUUUAACUAUUGGAGUAAAUUUGUUGGGAGUUAUAAACACAACCUCAAUAGCAAUGAAUUUAAUGGACACAUUAGAGGAUAACCAUGAUGGAUGGACGGUUGUAAAUAUUGCAUCUGUCGCCGGUCUUAAUCCUAUAAAGACAUCACCAAUUUAUAGUGCAUCGAAGGCAGGGCUUAUUGCCUUCACAAGAUCAAUGGCAGAACAAUCUGAAUUGAAACAAAGUGGUAUUUCAUUUAUUACAAUUUGCCCUGGAUUAACAAAAACCAAUCUGCUGGAUCAAUUUACCUCAGAAAAUAAGGGUCAUUUUGCAAAAUUAACCACUCAACUUUUUAGUGUCACAAGAAAACAGACCAAAAAUGAAUGUGCUCAAAGUAUUAUGAAAGCAAUUGAAUUGAAUAAAAAUGGCGCUGUUUAUAUGUGCGAUGUUGGUGAAAUUGAAGAAAUCAAAAUUCCGGAGUUUUGGAUACCUAAAAUCGUAAAUAAUAUUUAAUUAUUUUUUAAGAAUAUUGAUUUAUAUUUAGGGUUUUGGAUUAAUAAAAUUAAAACUCUUUUUGUGUACAGGUAUUAUA